AUGACCUCCGAAAAAGACUCCAGAAUAUCCGUCCGGACUGACGAUGUAGUCUCAGAUAUUGGCUACAUACAUUCAGACCAAACAGUCAGACGGCUCAAGAGCAGGCACUUACAUUGGAUUGGUAUCGGAGGGACCAUCGGCACCGCUCUCUUCCUACAGAUUGGUUACGUGCUUCCGCAUGGAGGACCCGGCAGUUUGCUACUAGCAUUCGUGUUCUGGUCUACCGUAAUGAUGGCAAUCAACAACUGUUUAGCCGAAAUGGUUUCUUGGAUCCCUAUUUCGUCCCCUUUCAUACGCUUCGCCGACCGUUUUGUCGAUCCGGCACUGGGAUUCUGCGCUGGGAUAAACUUUUUCCUGUACCCUGCAAUUCUUGUUCCUUUCGAGAUCACAGCCUUCGAGUUGAUGAUCCAUUUUUGGACGGAAAAGAUCCCGACCGCUGUUGUAAUUGUAGUGGUCCUCGUGUGUUACGUAGCACUGAAUGUUUUUGCUGUGCGAUUCUACGGUGAAUCCGAGUUUUGGCUAGCGAUCGGAAAGAUCAUCCUAGCUCUCGGACUUCUUCUGUUCACUUUUAUAACUAUGCUUGGCGGCAACCCGCUCCAUGAUCGGUUUGGUUUUCGAAAUUGGGAUUUUCCGGGAACACCAUUCGUUGAAUAUCAAAAGACCGGUUCUACGGGGCGUUUUCUUGGCUUUUUGAGCUGCCUAUUACAAGCGGUCUUUACGAUGUGUGGUCCAGAAUUUGUGUCUAUGACAGCAGGAGAGGCUGAGAACCCAAGGACGACAUUACCUCGAACAUUCAAAGGCGUAUACACCCGUGUCACGACAUUUUUCAUCCUUGGAGCCCUCUCUACCCCAAGCCCUGGCGCCGGCUCCUCGCCGUAUGUUAUCGCGAUGCAGAAUAUGAGCAUUCCCGUACUGCCUCAUAUCGUCAAUGCUUUGAUCAUGCUGUCGAUAUUCUCCGCCGGGAACAGCUAUGUCUUCUGCGCCAGUCGUACACUGUAUGGCAUGGCGCUACAGCGAAGGUUGCCUCGGUUCUUGACAAGAUGCACGCGGAACGGUGUUCCGAUAUACUGCGUUGGAGUAACCAUACUAAUCGCUCUGUUGGCAUUCCUGCAGGUAUCAAAUGAUACCUCUAAGGUGCUUGAAUGGUUCGUCAGCCUCACGGCGGCCACGCAAGUUAUCAAUUAUGCUAUCGUGACAUUUACAUAUCUGAGAUUUUACUAUGCCUUGGAGGCUCAGGGAAUAUCCCGAAGCAGCCUACCAUUCCGUAGUAUCCUUCAACCAUUCUGCGGCUACUACGCCUUCGGGUUCACCCUCAUAAUGCCGUUCAUACUGGGUUAUUCGGUCUUCAUGCCAGGAAAUUGGGACACGACCACGUUCUUCUUUUCUUAUACUAUCAUCGGUGUUCUUCCUAUAUUAUUCAUCGUCUGGAAGGCCCUACAUCGUACUCGGCUCAUUCGACCGAAAGAAGUUACUUUCUUCGAGGAGGAAAGGAAAAUCAUAGAUGACUAUGAAGCGUCCUUUGUUAACGCAGAAAGCAGAAUGGACGCGUUUAAGAAGUGGGUGAUUGGGUGA